GGUGUUUUAAAGAGACACCCAUAUAGGUAUUAAAACCCUCGGCAAGCAAUUCUCGCCCCGACUUAGCCAAUGAGGAUCGUGGCCGACUAAAUCCGGACCCUUCGUAUGGUAGAGCUCCAGGUCUGAUCCGGGGCUAAUCAAUGUGUGACUGUGGAAGCAAGAGGUGUCAGCCGCACAAUAUUAAGGCAAGUUGCAGACGGACAUCUCGCGGGACCUGACUGAUGAUCUACAUGAUUCAAGAUGCGCCCGCUCACAUGUAAACUUACUUACCCAUCAACUAUUCACAUGUCCUUGCGGUGAUGCUGAGGGCGCGGGGAGUCUGUUUUCGGUCUCAUACCCUAAGCAUAUAAAUCUCGGAAGCCUCUGUAUCUCCUACUGCCCAACACAAGCCGCCAAUGUCGUUGACGACAACGACUGCUAGGCAGCGGGCGGCAAUUGGGGAACGCCUUUCCGAACUUACAACAGUCUUCACUCCGCCGUGCCCAAUUACGUGGCUGCUGACAAGCACAAAGGUGCCAUCGCAGUAUCCAGCCUUUCCUACCACAGGACCUUCUUCAUGCGAUCCUCCCUCUUGGGUCGACAAUAUCUCCCAGAAGGGCUUCGGCUACUACUCGCCCGCGAUAUGUCCUAGCGGCUUCUAUGCGGGCUGCACCGCCAAAGAUGAUAGAAUUGGUGAAGGAUUCCCACCAACAUCGUCAGGGGAGACCGCCAUGUACUGCGUUCCAAGUGGAUUCGCCUGCACAUCAGACACAACAGACUUUCGAGGCGGCAUCUGGGGAUUUCAAACAGGCUCGGGGAGUAGACCUUCCGCUACCGUAGGACCAGCCAUACAGAUCCGCUGGAGGCAACAGGACCUUUCCAGUCUCCAAACCGACCCUUUGGACCCUAACUCGCCGGCCAACGUCGUCAUCGUUGCCUCCUCAGAAAACGUCGUGGUCGGUGACUCGUCGAGUUUCAGUACAGCCGGAGCUAUAACCUCUACAAUCACAUCAGCUCAUUCAACACGCCAAAUAACUUCGGCAACAUCUAUCUCGACACCAAUCCCGGCUGAAACGGAAACAGAUGUACCACGGAUUAGCUCUCCUAUUAUACCGACCGGGACAGAGGUGUCAAUGAGCACAUCCCAAUCCUCCCCAUCUAGUCAACGGGAUGCGGCGACGCCUAUCCUGACAGGAAGCACAUCCACCACUGGCAGUGAGAACAAUCCGAGUCCUAGCGUAAAUGAAGGGAGUUCCGCAGGCGUUUCCUCAAGCACAAAUACGGCAGCGAUGGCUUUGUCCGGAAUUCUUAUCGUCAUCAUACUCGGAUUUCUGGCAACCGUAUCAUUUCGUCGGUAUCGUCGGUACCGCGCCGGAAAGAUAGAGGCCUUCAUCCCCUUCAAACCCAGACACUGGGCUAAAGCUAUCCUAGGUAAAUGGUCUAGUAGAUCAAUGCCCUCGCAUCGUGACCGUGGAAACCUCCCACCUAAACUUCCAGAUGCCGAAUUAGGCACCGACGGUCCUAUCCCGGAACUUGGACCGGGAGACCCGCUUGGCACAAAAGAGAACCCAGCAGAGCUAGCGGGGAAUGGCGUGAGGAAUAGCUGGAUGUCAAAUAUGUCGCGGAUAUUUACUGGGAGAUUGAGAAAGGAAGUUUGGUCAGUAUAAAAGCUUUGCCAGUUUCAUCAAUUACGUAUUCUGGGAAACGGUGCAUAUGGCUAGAUGAUGGUGUUUUAAGGAGGUGAUCCUGGGCCGCUGUGGAUUGAUUUUGCAUUUUACCCUACCAACCUACCUAGAGUGGUAGAUAAAGAACCUUGGAAGGCUUGGGGUAACUAGCUAAAGUGUCGUCGCUGUUUACCCAUGAUGAAUAAGUAUAUACCUACCUAGGUAGGUAGUUGAUUCAUCACAAAACUUGACAGUUACUUCCAAGGUUGUCUUACGUGCAUAGGUACCUAGUUCAGAUUUAGGUGAGAAAAGGGAACAUUAGCGUU